AUGGGAAUAUCAACUGUUAUAGAAGACUUCCUAUACCUAGGUGCUGCCAGAGAUACAAAGAAUGUAUUUGAGAUGAAGAGAAGGAACAUCACUCAUAUAGUUAGUUGUGCUGGAACUGUACAUAAUGAAUCAGAAUACAGAUCGUUGAGAGCACAUAACCUUGAGGAUGUACCUGAACAGGAUAUCCUGACAUUCAUCGAUGAGGCAUAUCUAUUUAUCGAACAGGCGAGGAAAGAGGAUGGAGUUGUGUUUGUACAUUGUCUUGCUGGAAGAAGUCGUAGCCCAACAGUGAUACUGGCAUAUCUAAUGAUUGCAAAGAGACUGCCAUUGAAUCAACUGUACACUACAUUGCACCAAACAAGAUCGUGCGUUCAACCAAACGAUGGCUUCAUGAUCCAGUUGAUGCAACUGGAACAAAAAGUACUCGGCAAAUGCUCAAUCGUGUUGGACGAAUGGAAGAAUGCAGCCAAAGCUCAGAUAACUGCAAUCAGGACGCAGCGUGAUUUGGAGGCACUCAAAAAACAAGAGUUCUCGACCGCGGAGUACCAACCAAAGGUCAUUGCACCACUGGACCCGACAACCAUUGCCAUCAACGCCUACACAGACAGUAUAGUCACUCCCGAGGUCGUAUUGAAGGUGAUGGACCAAGAGGGGUUGUACUCUCAGAUCAGUUCCAACAUCACCUACAAACAAUCGAGCUAUAAGUUAAUUGGAAGAGUCAAGAAACUGGUCUGCAAGGAAUUAUUCACAUUGACUAAUGGCGGAGAAGUACUGCGGCAACAAAAUCCAGACAUUGCUUGGAAAGACAUCAGUCAGAAUAUUGACAACAAGGUACUUGGUGUUCUGGAAAAGGAUAUCUUUGCUUUAAAGAUACCUCAAUAA